AUGGUAAACCUUGACAUGAACGAUUUCGACUUGUUCAACUUCGAUGUGUCAAAUCUUGAUAUGACAGCCCUCGACGCGCCAACCCUCGACAUGUUCAACCUCGAAUCGCCAGACUUCGACAUCGCCGCCAAUGGAAAUGCGCCGGACGCCGAUCUCGAUGUCAUCGACGAUCUUGCAGUGCCUUCUGCCGACAAGAAGUGGAUAUUUGACGUCCUCCUUAAGCGCCAUGUGAAGCGUGCAACUGGCAAAGCUCCUCAAGACGACGCUUCUUGGCCGACUCCUUCGGAGCUUCAACAAGCCUAUGUGCAAAAGCUGUUUGAGAGCAUAACAGACUUGAGCAAUUUCUUUGAGCUGAGAAAAGCUCGCGAGCGCCUUGGGAAGAUUGAACACACUCAACAGGAACGUUCUUCGCCAGACGUAGCAGAAAAGCCUAGGAAGCGUCGCAGAGGCCUCGGUGAAGAGGAUGCGGGUCCAGAUCGCCCAGAGAGACCCAAGGGUAUGAGCAAGACCGAUUGGACUCUUGUAAACGACCAGAAUACUCCUGUAGACCUUCUGGAGGCAGUGAUUCAUCACCGUAUUUCUGGUGUUGAAGUCGAGCUGCUGUGCUGGAGACUCCUGCGCUGUGCAAUGGACCAACAGCAAGGUUUCACCAUGCGCCCUCUUUGGUCUGGAUCAAGGACAGUUUCGACGUGGGAACACUUCGACGCGUUCUCAGACAGAUGGCAGUCAAUCUGUGAUAAUCUUCGGACUGGUUCUGCAAGUAUGCCGGUGCACCGUCGAAGGAACGAGGCGCGAAAAUUGAGCAACGAUCUUCUGAACGGCCGCAGAGAUAUACAGAACCAGGUUGGCCGCGACAUUAUCAAGAAGAAGACCUCUAAGCAAGACUGGAUAGCGUCAGAUGACUUCGAGAUUAGAGACAAGGCAGGAGAGCUUGUCUUGAAGGGAGGACACCUUGGUGACAAGAAGCGCCGACAGCUUGCUGUCACUGAGAUGGUGUGA